AUGGUCGAGACAGAAUCUAAAAUGUUCAAGCCCGAGUUUGACUCUGUAGAAGAUGCUCUCAAAGAUUUUGCGGAGAACAAGUUUGUCAUUGUCAUGGAUAACGAAGACCGAGAAAACGAAGGCGAUUUAAUCAUUGCAGCUGAAAGGAUCACAACGGAACAAAUGGCGUUUUUGAUUCGAUAUUCAAGUGGCUAUAUAUGUGCACCUACGACACCAGAACGUCUAGAUCAAUUAGAAUUACCGUUAAUGGUACAACGAAAUACAGAAAUGAUGCGAACAGCCUACACUGUUUCCUGCGAUUAUGCACACAACACAACGACAGGUAUUUCUGCCCAUGAUAGAGCAUUGACAUGUCGAAAGCUAGCAGACCCCACCAGUAAACCACAAGACUUUAUGCGUCCUGGGCAUAUUUUGCCUCUGCGUGCUGUGCCAGGAGGUACUUUUGAACGGUUCGGUCACACAGAAGCGGGGGUGGAUUUGUGUCAAUUGGCAGGUGUUGCACCCGUGGCUGUGAUUGGGGAGGUUGUCAAAGAAAACGACGAGAAGGGCGAAAUGGCACGAAGAGAUGAUUGUUUUGCUUUUGCAAGGAAACAUGGCAUCAAGAUGAUUACCAUCAAAGACCUGAUUCGAUAUAGAAGAUUACGUGGCGACACGCAUUAG